AUUGAGCUGAAGACGGCCUCUCAUGACCCUCGCUUCCCAUCCACAAACCAGGCACGGCACUGCUACACGCGCUACAACGAGUACCACCGCUGCGUGGCCCAGAAGGGGGAGGAGGAUCCAGAGUGCAGCGUGUUCCAGAGAGCCUACCGCUCCAUCUGCCCCGGCGAGUGGCUGGAAAGGUGGAACGAGGCCCGCGAGAAUGGGAACUGGCCCGGCCGUUACUAG